AUGGUCAGUUGGAAGUCUCACCUGAAGGAAGCACCCUCCGCCCAGCCCUUCAAUCAGAACUCCAGCCUGGCUGUCUCCACGGUGCUUCCCCAGCUAAUGAGUGUGGAAGAUUUGAUGGACAUGGACAUGGACAUGAGCCCCUGGAGGUCUCAGAACUAUCUUUUUGGUUGUGAACUAAAGGCUGACAAAGAUUGUCAUAACGUGGAUAAUGAUGAAAAUGAGCACCAGUUAUUUUUAAGAACAGUCAGUUUAGGAGCCAGUGCAAAGGAUGAAUUGCACAUUGUUGAAGCAGAGGCAAUUAAAGUCACACUGGCAACUCUGAAAAUGUCUGUACAGCAAAUGGUUUCCCUUGGGGGCUUUGAAAUAACACCACCUGUGGUCUUACAGUUGAGACAUGGUUCAGGGCCUGUGCAUAUUAGUGGACAGCACUUAGUAGCUCUGGAAGAAGAUGCAGAGUCAGAAAAGGAAGAGGAAGAGGAUGUGAAACUCCUUAGUAUAUCCAGAAAGAGUUCUGUCCCUGGAAGUGGUAGCAAGGUUCCACAGAAAAAAGUAAAACUUGCUGCUGAUGAAGAUGAUAAUGAUGAGGAAGCUGAAGAAAAGGCUCCAGUAAAGAAAUCUCAAGAAUAUUUCAAAAAACAGGAAAAGACUUCCAAAACACCAAAAGGACCUAGUUCUGUAGAAGACAGCAAGGCAAAAAUGCAAGCAAGAACAGAAAAAGGUGGUUCUCUUCCCAUAAUGGAAGCCAAGUUCAUCAAUUAUCUGAAUAAUUGCUUCGGGAUGACUGACCAAGAGGCUAUUAAAGAUCUCUGGCAGUGGAGGAGGUCUCUUAAAGAAAGUAGUUGA